AUGGCGUAUCCCCUUUGGAUGGCUAUCAUGGUACCUCCAAUCUCUUUCAUGGCAUGGAAUUUGCAAUGUCUAUGGCGUAACUACCGUCUUGCUCAGAAAAUGAACAUUCCGAUAAUCGUCAUACCAGCGAGCGGCGACAAUCCAGUGUGGCUGCUGGUUGCAAAACCUGUUUUGGCCGUGUUGAGAUUCAUAUUUGGGGACAUUGAUUUUGUGAAGUAUAGUAACCCGGGAUGGGAAAGUAAAGCGAAGUACAGAAUGUACGAGGAACUGGGCGAAGCGGUUAUUCAUGUCAGUCCAGGGCACAAUUGGUUGUAUAUUUGUAAUCCAGAUGCUAUCAAUGAAGUCUUCAGGAGACACAAGGAGUUUGAUCGGCAUCCAGAACUGCUAGCCAUACUAGCUGUCUUCGGACCUAAUAUCUCCACGGCAACCGGAGCCGACUGGCAACGCCAACGCAAAAUCACUUCUGCCCCAUUCUCGGAUUCCAAUAAUGCUUUACUAUGGGACGUGUCUCGUCAACAAGCGUCCGAGCUAGUGCAACAUUGGCUCGCUGCCAGUGAGCCGAUAAGAACAACAGAUGAAGAUACACGCACGCUAUCACUGCACGUCCUCUCUGGAGCUGGUUUUGGGAAGCAGUACUCUUUCCACAAAAAGGGAGAAAAGGCCAAAGCUGGCCAUCUAUACAAUUACCGCGACUCGAUUGCUCUUGUCUUGGAAAACUGUGUUCUCAUUCUAGUACUUGGCCCAAAGCUCCUCGGAAAGCUCGCUAAAUGGCGUAUAUUUGGACCGUUGGCAAAAAUCGGUCAAGCGACGAUAGAUUUCAAAGAUCAUAUGACGACUAUGUUGAUUGAGGAAAACCAAGCCAUAGCUGAGGGUCGACCACGCGCUGCAACAAUCACAAACUCUCUCAUCCGAGCCAGUGAGGAAAGCAGGUCCUCAAGCAAGGCGGGGGAAGGGUUUAAAGGGUUAACAGAAGACGAAAUUUAUGGGAAUAUUUUUGUGUAUAACUUUGCAGGACACGAUACGACCGCGACAACGUUCAGUUGGGCUUUGUAUCUUCUCGCAGCUUUUCCAGACACUCAGACAUGGAUGGCGGAAGAAAUAAUGGCUGUUGUUGGCGAUCGCGAUCUACAGUCUCUAGACUUUAAAGAGGUCUAUCCAAAACUUGUUAGAUGCCUAGCCAUUUUUUAUGAGACAGUCAGGCUUUGGAAUCCAGUUCUUGGUAUUUGCAAGUCAACUUUCCUUGAUCCCGUGGAUCUUACUGUUGGCGAGCAGACUUUCUCUAUCCCGCCCGACACUCGCAUCGUUCUUAGUACAAAUGGAAGUCAGACGUUGAGACGCUACUGGGGCGACGAUAGCCUGGAAUGGAAACCUCGCCGAUGGGUUUUGGACUCGGGGACGAACUCGGAGGAAACGGGCGAGAAGGGCGAAAGCCUUUUUGUUCCUGCUCGGGGUUCGUUUUUUGCUUGGUCAGAUGGCGUUCGAACCUGCCCAGGAAAGAAGUUCAGUCAAGUGGAGUUUGUGGCAACAAUGGUGGCUCUGUUUCGCGAUUAUAAGGUCGAGGUUGUGCCUGAGAAAGGUGAGACAAGUUUCGAUGCAAGGGAACGAGUGAAGAGAACGGUCAACGACAAUGGGAUGGUUUUGCUGCUGCAAAUGAGAGACCCGAAAAGCGUCGGGCUGAAAUGGUCUGCUAGGUAG